CCUCAACUCCUAUUGAGUGGAAAACACUUUAUUCACUGAUAAGUACUGUUCAUCUGUAACUUGAAUUACGUGUCGAACAAUGAAUUUAUUAAUUUGUAUUUUAUUAAUAAUAAAUUGUGGUCUCAUAUCCUGUGGCCCUCUAUUCUUUAGAGGCCGACCACUUACUAAACAUGGAAUGCUUGGAAGUCCAGUCUCUACAGACAAUGUGUACUAUAAUUCCCUUAAACUUCCAGAAGACCAAUGGUUUGACCAAAGAUUGGAUCACUUUAAUCCAGUCGAGACCACAACUUGGAAACAACGAUAUUUCAUCAAUGACACUUUCUAUACUAAAGGAGGGCCUAUAUUCCUGCAAUUAGGAGGUGAAGGCAUUGCAGACCCUAUUUGGGUGGUUGAGGGACAGAUUGCGGCCAAUUAUGCCAAAAGGUUUAGUGCCAUGUCUGUCCUAUUAGAGCACCGAUACUAUGGAAAUUCACGGCCAACACCUGAUAUGUCUGUUGAGAACCUGCGAUACCUUACGAGCCAACAGGCCCUACAAGACGCCGCCUCUUUCAUUGAUUAUUUGACGACAAAAUUAUCGUUAAAUGAGAGCCAAUGGGUUGUAUUCGGCGGCUCUUAUUCGGGGUCAUUGGCCGCUUGGUUUAGAGCCAAAUAUCCACACCUAGUGGUCGGUGCUAUAGCUUCGAGUGCUCCCAUUGAAGCCAUUAUCAACUUUAAAGAUUACUUAGCAGUCGUUAGCGACUCUUUAGGCCAGAAAUGUGAUGACGCUAUUAAAGAGGCCACAAAACAGUUGGCAUUAGAAUUAGAGCACCCGAUGGGCUGGAAAUCGAUUGAAAAGCAGUUUAAACUUUGCGAAACUUUCAAUGGGUCUGUCGAUAGUGAUGUCUAUAAUUUGGUCAGUACUUUGGCUGGGAAUAUAGAGAAUGUGGUUCAGUAUAAUAAAGACAAUCGAGACUUUGAGGGCGCAAAGGGAACCAAUAUUACCAUUGAUGUGGUCUGUGAUGUAAUGACUAACACAUCAGUUGGUACCACAGCUUUAGACCGAUAUAUUAAAGUGAAUGACAUUAUUCUGGAGGCAUAUAACCAGAAAUGCGUUGAUUUUAAAUAUGAUAACUUUGUCCAACAAAUGCGAAACACUGACUGGAAAUCCAGUGCCGCUGCAGGAGGUAGACAAUGGACUUAUCAGACGUGUGUUGAAUACGGAUUCUUUCAGUCAUCAGACCUGACGGGUCAGCCAUUUGGACCCUAUUUCCCGGUCGACUUCUUCGUGCAACAGUGCGCCGACAUAUUUGGACCACAGUUUGACUUACAAUUGCUUCAGAAGUCCGUCCAAUUCACGAACAACUUUUAUGGUGGAUAUGGACUUAAAGUACGAAAAGUAUUGUUUCCAAACGGCUCUAUAGAUCCGUGGCAUGCGUUGGGGGUCACCAAAGACUUGGGUCCCGACUCGAAGGCCUUGUAUAUCAACGGAACCGCUCAUUGCGCUGAUAUGUAUCCACAAUCGGACAAAGAUCCCAAACAACUGACUGACGCCAGAAAUACUAUAAUUAAGACUUUGGAGGAGUUCUUAAGCAAACAAUAA